UCCUCCUCCGAUCUCUUUCCGCCCCAUCGCCCAGCGAGCCGCACCGGGCUGCUCGUCUUAUUAUUACAGCUGCUUCCCGCCUUCCAACAGACGCAUCUGCUCUGAUCGUCUCAGUAUCUGCCUCAUAUCGCCCAACGUAAACUCACAGCUUCGUCUUGAGCAUAUCUACUGUGCCCCCCCCCAACGAUCGUCCUUACAAUAUGGCAUUCAAAGACGAGCUCAAGAGCGGAAAGUUCACCAUCUAUGCCCAAUGGGCCUCUUUGCUGUCGAUCUUUUUCCUGGUCAUUCUAGGCCUGUCCAACUUUUUCUCAUUCGGCGCUCUGUCGUCGCUCCUAAUCUUCAUCAUCAUUGCGUGGGUCGAAGCAGCCGUAAUGAUCUUCCUGGAGGUUCCUAUCCUGACAAAAUGCUGUCCUGCUGGACCGCGAUUUUCUGCCUUCCUCGGCUUUUUUGAGAGCACCGUCUUCCGCACGGGCCUGUAUGCUGCCUUUGCCGUGCUCAUGUGGCUAUCGCUGCUUUCCGGUGCGUCGUCGCUUCUCGUCUGUGCCAUCACCCUGACGGCCACAGCCGGUUGCUACACCAUUGCCAUGAUCAAGCGCGAAGGCAUGGAGAGAAGCAGUAUGCUCGGUGGCCAAGGCGUGGUGUAAGCGGCUGUGGGACCGUCGUUGGGUGCAUCAAGACUCUGCCCAUGCUGCUCAUACAUGCGGCUGCGUCGGAUGGGCUUCAGCAGGUGCCUCUAAUACAUUUAGUCGGUCAAACGGAAGCGUGACACCCCGGACAUGUGCACGGCUAUGG